UACCAUAAGAAGCUCUGUACCGCGGGAAAAAUUUGCCAUUUGCCGUACGGCUUUCCUAUCCAUCGCCGGGGUUUGUAUCUCCUUCACGUUGUUCGAAGCCGAGUAAAAGAGAGAAGAAGAAGAAACAAGAAAGCUUUAUUUACAACAACAAGCUCGAAAUCCAGGCUUCGAGCUUUUGCGUUUCUUUCCGAAGAUGGCAGCGCAGCUCGCCAUGGUUUUACCAGGAAUGGCGUCUCCAUUUUCUUCAUAUUUGGGAGCUCUAUCGGAGAAACCUUUCCUUGUGGGCUGGCCACUAUGUAGCUUUCUUCCUGCUGCUGCUGGUAAAUCAACAAAGCAGAGGUGCGAUGCCAUCAUAGCAAGAAGACUAUCUGGGCUGGAGGAGGCCAUCCGAAUUAGGAGGUUGCGAGAGCAGCAGGGGACAACCAAAGUAAGAAAGAGGCCACCACUGAAGCGUGGGAAGAUUUCUGGACCUCUGUCUGUGCCAGAUCACAUUCCCAAGCCUUAUUAUGUUGGUUCAAAGCUACCAGAACUCUCUAGUGAAUAUCAGAUACACAAUGCCGAGGGUAUUGCUCAAAUGAGAGCUGCUUGCGAACUUGCUUCUCGCGUCUUGGAUUUUGCUGGAACAAUGGUCAAGCCAUCUGUAACUACAAAUGAAAUUGAUAAAGCAGUUCACAACAUGAUAAUUGAUGCUGGAGCUUAUCCUUCCCCUCUUGGGUAUGGUGGAUUCCCUAAAAGUGUCUGCACCUCUGUCAAUGAGUGCAUGUGUCAUGGGAUACCCGAUUCCCGCCAGCUACAGGAUGGUGACAUACUAAACAUUGAUGUAACUGUCUAUCUAAAUGUAUGCUCUUUUUCCUCCAUCAUCUAGAUUCGUAAAGAACUU